UCGCCGCCCUUCCUGUUCAUAAUCGGGAGCAGAACAAGCAGGUUGUCUGGUUUGGCUUCGACUCACUUCUCUCUCUUCCCCCUGCGUCGCAACUCAUCUCAUUGGCGGGCGAUCUAUGAUCUUGCGUGUCUCACGAAAAUCCUCCAAGAAACCGGCGCGAGAUUCUUGAAAGCGUACCGGUAGUUUCCCUUUCCCGCCGCGAGAGAAUUCUCGUCGCGCGUGCUGGCAUAUUGGCUGCAAUGUACACGAGGAGAUUAAAGACCAAGCUUCGGACAUGGGGGUCGGUCUUGCAUCGCAGCUGCGACAAUGGGGUCGGCGCACGAUGCCAAGACGAUCUUUUCCGCGGCUACGUAUGGACCCAUGAAGCUUCGUCGGGGAAAUUCGCUCCCUCGCUCUCUGCUCUGAUCGGGAGAUGCCUGUUCGGCCCGGAUGGUUCCGAGCGGUCUCAUGGGUCGUCGUCCCGCGGUGCCGGUUUGGACUUUUCCCGGAGAAAUUUCGGGUCUUUUGGAUGUCCGAAUGGUGGGUCCGUCGUGGGCUUUUCGAGCGCGGCGGAGAGCGCCAAGAAUGAUGGGAAUGGCGAAGACGACGGGUCGGGUGGUGGUGGUGGUGACGAGAAAGUGCCCAAGCUCGGGGCGUCUUGGAUCGACUUGUAUUUGCCGAGACAGGCGAGGCCUUAUGCUCACCUUGCUCGCUUGGAUAAGCCCAUUGGGACCUGGUUGCUUGCUUGGCCUUGUAUGUGGUCAAUCACACUGGCAGCAAACCCAGGAAGCCUUCCUGAUCUUAAGAUGUUGAUGCUUUUUGGUUCUGGAGCUUUGCUGUUGAGAGGUGCAGGAUGCACUGUCAAUGACCUCCUUGAUAGGGACAUUGAUGUGAUGGUGGAGCGAACAAAGUCCCGGCCAAUCGCGAGUGGUCUUUUGACACCAUUUCAAGGGCUUAGUUUCCUUGGGUUUCAAUUGCUUUUAGGUCUUGGAAUUCUUCUACAGUUGAAUAAUUACAGCCGUAUACUCGGAGCUUCUUCUUUGUUGCUUGUCUUCUCUUAUCCCUUGAUGAAAAGGUUCACAUUUUGGCCACAGGCCUAUCUAGGUUUGACUUUCAAUUGGGGAGCUUUACUUGGAUGGGCUGCCGUUAGAGGAAGUUUGGAUCCUUAUAUUGUGCUUCCUCUAUAUUUUUCUGGAGUUUUUUGGACUCUUGUGUAUGACACUAUAUAUGCACACCAGGAUAAAGAAGAUGAUGUUAAAGUGGGUGUAAGAUCAACAGCAUUGAGAUUUGGAGAUUUGUCGAAGGAAUGGAUCUCUGGCUUUGGAAUCGCUUGCAUCAGCAGUCUUGCACUCUGUGGAUAUAAUGCUGAUAUUGGAUGGCCAUACUAUGCAUUUCUUACUGCUGCUUCUGGACAUAUAGCAUGGCAGAUAUUGACAGUUGAUCUAUCAUGCCGUGCCGAUUGUAACCGAAAAUUUGUGUCCAACAAGUGGUUUGGAGCCCUUGUAUUUGGAGGAAUUUUGUUUGGAAAGCUUGCAACGUAGAGUGUUUCAGGCAACCUCUUUGAUUGGUUCAUUGGAAGAGAGGCGUUAAACUGCUCGAACAUGAUGUCUUCUGCUCUUCAGAGUUGCUGAGAUGACUCCAAGGCUGGGCUAGUAAGCUUAAGUGCAUUUUUUUGUAAAAAAAUUUCCAUGUAAUGCGAUCAAAAUACCCCCACCUCGACCCCAAGCGGGAAGAGAGAGAGAGAGAUGUUGGGAUAUGAAAUUUUCCCGGUGCAAGCUGCCUCUAUUGAACAGAAUGUUGGGAUAUGAAAUGGUAUAUUGUGAUA